CAUGGCUUUACUGAGGAAUGGGAACCAAACUGCAGUGACCGAGUUCAUUUUACUUGGCUUAACAGAUGAUCCAGUAUUUCAAGUCAUUCUCUUGUUCAUCAUCCUGUGUAUCUACCUGGUGACCCUGGCUGGAAACCUCAGCACAGUCUUUCUAAUCAGAAUCUCUCCUCAGCUCCAUCGCCCCAUGUAUUUUUUCCUGAGCCACUUGGCUUCUACUGACAUUGGCUAUUCAUCAUCUGUCACGCCCAAUAUGCUAGUUAACUUCUUGGUGGAGAAAAAAAACAUCUCCUACCUUGGCUGUGCUAUCCAGCUUGGCUCAGCUGCCUUUUUUGGGACAGUUGAGUGCUACCUUCUUGCUGCCAUGGCUUAUGAUCGCUUUGUGGCAAUUUGUAGCCCAUUGCUUUAUUCAACCAAAAUGUCCACGCAAGUGUGUAAUCAGUUGAUUGUAGGAUCAUAUGUAGGUGGUUUUCUUAAUGCUUCCUGCUUUACCUUUUUCUUUUUUUCUUUUCUCUUCUGUGGACCAAACAGAAUCAAUCACUUUUUCUGUGAUUUCGCUCCUUUAGUUGAACUUUGCUGUUCUGAUGUCAGUGUCUCUGUGCUUAUUACCUCAUUUUCUGCAAGCACUGUUACGGUGGUCACAAUGUUAGCCAUAGCUGUCUCCUAUACCUACAUCCUCAUCACCAUCCUGAAGAUGCGCUCCACUGAGGGCCGCCAGAAGGCCUUCUCCACCUGCACCUCCCACCUCACUGCAGUCACUCUGUUCUAUGGGACUGUCACAUUCAUUUAUGUGAUGCCCAAAUCCAGUUACUCCAGUGAUCAGAACAAGGUGGUGUCUGUGUUCUACAUGGUGGUCAUCCCAAUGUUGAACCCUCUCAUCUACAGUCUCAAGAAUAAUGAGAUUAAGAAUGCUUUUAUGAAACAGCUUCAAAAGAAAAUAUUUUCAUAG